AUGUGCACAGGUUCAUCGUGUAUUUAUCCAUUAUUAGCAGCUAAACAAUUUCAGUGGUCCAUGGUCGGUACUGAUAUCAAUAAAGAAGCUGUUAAAAAUGCUAAUAAAAAUGUAGAAAAAAAUAAUUUACAAAAUUUAAUUCAAGUUCUAGAGGUAUCAGAGUGGGAGAGAUUAUUGCCAGUAGCUGUAGAUGAACAUUAUGACUUUUGUAUGUGUAAUCCACCUUUUCAUAGUUUCUCAAAUUUAAAUUCAUCAGAUGAUGAAGCAGAUAGCGCAGUUGGAAUUACUUCUGAAAUGUAUACAAUGGGUGGAGAAGUUGAUUUUAUAAAAAAAAUGAUUAAAGAAAGUGAAAUAUUACAGAACUCGAUAAGGUAACAAUAACAUARUAUUAUUUAUGUAUUAUAAUACAUUAGUCUUACUUAGAAAUYUGUUUUGUGUAAAACUAUUCUUAUAGAUUAAUAAUUAUUUYUGUCAUAACCAAUGAUAUUAUUGUUUGUUUAAAGUUAUAAAUUAAUAAAGCUUAUGUUUGCAUAAUUCUAUUUAAGCUCUUAGGAAAACUUUUUUAAUCAUGUGUUUUAUGAUGGAAAAAAUUAAGAUACAAUCAUGUUUGUUACUUGAACUCAGUUUUCAAAUUAUAAUACUUAAAAUUGUGUUUAUUUGUUAGGUGGUACUGCAGAACAAUCACAGACUAAGAUGAAUAACAAUUAAUUUAAUAGGCUCGACUAAUUUUUAUUAUAUUACUUGCUUAUGGUAGUAUAAUAAUUCAAGGAGUAUCCCCCCUCUAUAAAAAUGUCUCUGUUUCAUCAACAUUGCACUUUAUGAAUAUGAUGCAACUUUGUAAGCACUAUUUGUUAAAAAUCAGAUAAAAAUUAAUAUUGUUUUUCCAUAAAUACUUUGUCACUUUUAUUUUUGAGGCAAUUGUUUUUGUUAAAUAAAUGUCAUUGCMAUCUUUUUAAUAGAGAUCUAAAAGCAAGUAAGCAUAUCUGACUUGUUUUUAAAGUUCCCCUAAAAAUGGAAAGAAAAAAUAUUAAACAAUUAGGCUGUGAGCAAAACUAGAAUAUUGUUUCCACAUUUUACUGUAUAUCUGAUGAGUGUAUGCAAUAAUUUUGUAAAUUAGAUAAAAUGAUAAACUUGGCUAGUUAAAAAGAGAUAUUGGCUAAAGUUGAAUUUUUAUUAUUUAUUUACAUGUUCCCCAGACUAGGAAAAUGUAAACAAAAAUAUCUUAUAUCUCCAUCUUGAUACAUAAACAAUUUCUUGAUAUUUAAUCUUAGUCUGAAAAACAUGUCAUCCGCAAUAUCAUAAUCUUAUAUUACUAUUUAUUAUUAUAUUAUUUAUUUAGGCAUGGUGUAUA